GUGCUGCUUUUGGUUGCUGUAACAUCCGAUUCUGAUAUCUCCUUCGCAAAUAAAUAAAAUAAAAUAAAAUAAAAUAAAAUAAAAUAAAAUAAAAAGCCAAAUCUCUCCCAUCUAUUCUUCUCGUUCUUCUGCUUCUCUUCUUCUUCUUCUUCUUCCUUAUUUUCUUCUUAAAAGCUUCCAUAGAGAAGAAAAUUUUGGCUCAACGGUCACAAGUUUUUUCUUUUCUCUCUCUACCAUAUCUAAAGGAAGGCAUCAAUGCCUGCUCAGAAGAGGUCUCUCCCUGAUAAUCCCGACAACGAUGAGGAAGAUGCUCCCUCUUCUCCUCUUCAAAACGGCCACCAAUAUCCCAAGCAAUCUCGAGUCGACCCACCUCCUCUUGAUGACCCCACACUCCACCAGCAACAACAACUAGAGGAAGGAGAAGAAGAAGACGAGCCAACCCACAAGCCAGAAGAAGAGGAAGAAGAAGAAGAAGAAGAAGACGCUGAAGGAGAAGAAGAUGAGGAACUAGAAGAGCAAGCUGAAGAGAAACAACCAGCAGCACAAGAUUCUGAGGAAAGCCAAUCUUCCAGCUCCGAAGAUGAAAAACCCGAGUACUCUUUAUUUGUCUUUGUGGAGUUGCCAGACAUUCGUAAAGAUGUACAAUGCCCAAUAUGUCUGGGUAUCAUAAAAAAAACACGAACAGUGAUGGAAUGUCUGCACCGUUUUUGCAGGGAAUGCAUUGACAAAUCAAUGCGACUUGGGAAUAAUGAGUGCCCUGCUUGCCGCACACACUGUGCAAGUCGGCGUUCUUUGAGAGAUGAUCCAAAUUAUGAUGCCUUAAUUGCUGCUCUAUAUCCAGACAUUGAUAAGUAUGAGGAAGAGGAAUUGGCUUUUCAUGAGGAGGAAAGGACACGAAACAAGCAGAUCCAAGCUUCAAUUGCCCAAAUAUUUCAACGACAAUCUGAAGCACUAGUUAGGAGACGCACAAUGGGUAAAGAAACAACUGGUCCGUUCAUGGAAAGAUCACAGCGCAUUCAUCGGACAAUUCCUUCAAGGAGGAGGCGAAACAGCCGAGGCACUGAAUUUCAAGGAUCAGAAGACAUUGAGGAUGAAAAUGAUGAUAAUGGAGGUAAGGAUUCAUCUUCUACUGAUGAUCGCUCCACAGAAGUAAGGCAGCGCAGGCGCAAGAGACGGCCAGGAAUUAGGCCUUGUCAGCCUUCUUCGUCGGCUUCAAAUCCAGAGGCUGGAUGCAUUGAAAAUGAUUUAGAAGCCACCAGAGAGAACAGAGGAAUAUCUCCUGGGCUUGUUUGGAAUACAGAAAUGCUUGCCUGGGGCAGGGGUGGUGCUCGAAGUCAUACACGGCAUGGUAAUGCUAGCAGUUGCAACAACAAGAAUGCCAGAAGCACUCGCUUAUCCAAGCUGGUAGAAUAUCUCAGGAGCUUAGAGGAAAAUAAUGAUGAGUUAAAGGCUAUUUCUUGUUUGCAGUUGGAUGUUCACCUCAUGCUUAUUUCCAUGGACAAUGAAAGUUUUAUGAAUUUGACACAGCCCUACCUUUGCUGUCGCCCCAGUUUGUCAGUCAAACACCUAUGCGAAUAUAUUGCUCACAAAAAGGCUUUGGAGCCUGAAGAAGUUGAAAUAUUUUUAGUUAAAGGGCAGCACAACCCUAACGACAACCUAUCCUCUCUGCAUCCACCAAUUUCAGUGGAUGAACUGCAAAUUUUGAAAGGGCAGGAAACUUUGGCACAUCUUAAAGCCAAUUGCACUUCCAGUAGAGAUCAUUUGAUUCUAGCAUAUCGGAAGAAGGAGACUGCUUAGCAAAUUUGUGAUGUUUUUGUAGGAGGAAGAAAAGGUCCAUUAACAGUUUGUAGUUGCAUGUAAAUAUCUGUUGAGAUUUCGAAAUGAGAUUUGAGCUCCUUGACAAUGGAAAGCUUUUCCUAAAACCUAAGACCUGGAUUGUGUAUUGUUUUUUUAACCCAAAAAAAAAAGUUUCUCACA